AUGAUCAACGGCCUGUGCAAUACUUCACCGAACGGAUGUUGAUUACGAAUUCGGAAGUAAGAUGGUAACAUGGCGCAGUGGAACAUUGGACGACUGUAACAAGCAAACACGAUGCACUGCUCAGUUUUACUCGUCGUUCUCUUGGCUGCUGUCACAAUCGCCAGACCCGACGGCGAUGGACUUCAAAGAUUUAACCAGGAUGUGAGAGUGGGCCAUGGUGCAGGACGAGGCCGCGGACGACGUGCGUUAAUUCCCUUGGACAUCGGUUCUGACGUUCAAAAAAGCAAUGAAGGAACCCCAUUAGGGUCACUCGCUUCAAGUCUAAUGAGCUCAGGCGACUCUGUGAAACCUGAUUUCGAAGAGGCUGCCAGUGAGCAGUACCGUCCCAGUGCAAGACCGAUGCAUCUUUCGGGUCAACCCGAAGCCGACUCGAGGUCUGCCAUAGGUGACAUGGGUGGCAUGAUAGGAAAGCGUGACGGCAUAUUCCCUUCAUUCGCAUCAGAUGGAAACAGAAACAAGAUGGGCCUAGACAGCUUGGAAGGAAUAACCGGCUUAGGUGAUCAGUUGAUGGGCUUAGGCGGUUCUCGAGCGCUGAAUGGCUUGGGUGACAGCGCGAUGAGCCAAGGUAGGCCCCGAGGAACGGAUGGUUAUGAGGAUAGCAUGGCGGCGAAUGACCCCUCGCCUCGAAAAAGCAGCCUCGCGAAAUAUGGAAGCCACUCAGGAAUCCCCGACAGCUCAAAUGACGACUCAGGUUAUGGCUCAGGCGAGGGUCAAGGUUCAGGACUUUAAGCCGAAGAUUCCGCCACGAGCUUGGCUUCGUCCUUUGCCGCUCUUAUCAUUGCUAGUGCGGAUUCAAUCGUCUGGACUCAACUUGCAUCUAUUCUUCCAUCAAUGUUUGCAUUUUCUUAUCACGAAAUUUUUACGUCUUGAUAACCAGCGUUCC